ACAUAUAGGUAUAUCCCCACCCGACAACAACCCGUCGUAUACUCGAAAUCCCGCGGAACAGCGAAAUAGCUUAGCUAUAGAAAUAUUUCAGUUAAAAUAAAAAUAAAACCCCCCCAAAAUCGAAAAUGGUGACCACCCGCUCCGGCAGCAAAGCCCACACCACUCCCACCACUCCCACCACCUCCUCCUCCUCCGGCGCACCGCCCAAGCUCUGGGCCCACGCCCCCUCGCAAAUCACCCUCUUCUGGCUCGCCCUAUCCCUGCCGCUCGUGAUCUGGGACUCGGGGUACGUGCUCCUGCGGCCCCUGACGAUGGAGGGCGGGCCGCUGCACUGGCCGCUCUACACGCCGUACAAGCUCUACGGCGAGGUCGACCACGUCUACGGGUGGAAGGCGUUCCACGCGCGCAACGGCUUCACCUCCGCCCAGGGCGCCCUCAACGUCGUCGAGACCGCCUUGUACCUCGUCUACGUGUACAUCUACCUCGGGUCCGGCGCCGCCGUCGCGGGGCGCGCCACGCGCGUGUUGAGCGGCCGGCCGGCCGCGCUGGCCAUCGUGUUGGCGUUUAGUGCGGCGGUUAUGACUUUGAGUAAGACGGCGCUGUAUUGGCUUCAGGAGUACUUCUCGGGUUUCGACAACGUUGGGCAUAAUAGCAUGCCGGACUUGGUUCUCAUGUGGAUCAUCCCCAAUGGCUUAUGGCUUAUUUUUCCCUCUUACAUCAUCUACGUUAUGGGAGGUGAAAUCAUAGAUGGACUGACAGCUGCCUCGACCGGAACUGCUGUCAAGUCCGAGUAAGCGACUAGUUUAGUUAUGAGCGAGAGAUACCUAUUUGAGUUCAGUGAAUAUAUGAGUCGGGUGUAUGGAAUCCAUAAGUGGGCGUAAUGGCUUAGUGAUGGGAUAUACCCAAGUCCUGUCGUAGAUUGCAAGGUUAGAUGUUUAUGUAUAUUACAAAUUAACAAACUAACAUUUGAAGCUUCAUUCGGUCCAGUUGCGAGUGUCCCGUAUCCU